GACCAUAUGCAGUCGUCACUGUUUCUUUUUAGCAUUCUGGAAAAAAAGUUUGUUUUAGGCUCCGGUUUGAUGGUCCAUCGGGACACGCCUGAAAAUAGCAUGAAGAUGCGGUUUAAGUUUACACCAGAGAACAUGAAAAAAGUGAAUAGAAUUAUUAACAAUUAUCCAGAAGGUUACAAGGUGGCUGCGUUGAUACCUGUUUUGGAUAUCGCUCAGCGUCAACACGGCUGGCUGCCUAUCGCGGCAAUGCAUGAAGUUGCUAGAAUUUUAGAAGUUCCUCGCAUGCGAGUUUAUGAAGUCGCCACUUUUUACACAAUGUUUAAUCGCCAACCAGUAGGGAAAUAUUUCUUACAAGUCUGCGCUACAACUCCAUGUAUGCUUCGUGGAGCUGAAACGAUUACUGAAACAAUAACAAAAAAAUUAGGGAUUAAGCCAGGAGAAACAACUAAGGAUGGCCUGUUUACUUUGGCAGAAGUAGAAUGUCUUGGAGCUUGUGCUAAUGCUCCAAUGAUCCAGAUCAACGACGACUUUUAUGAAGAUCUUACUCCCUCGGAUGUUAAUGAAAUUCUAGACGACCUAAUAAGUGGUAAACGACCAACUCCUGGGCCACGGAGCGGAAGAUUAGCAGCAGAACCUCAUGGAGGGCUUACUUCAUUGAAGGAACCUCCAAAAGGUCCCGGUUUUGGUAUACAACCUGGACUGUGA